AUGGCCAGCUGGGUGUUCUGCAAUCGCUGCUUCCAGCCGCCCCACCCGACGCUGAGCUUCAGCCUGACCAGCUGCGGCCACGUGUACUGCGAUGUCUGCCUGGGCAAAGGUAAAAAGGAUGAAUGCUUGAUUUGUAAAGUUCCUUGUCAUACGGUUUUACUUUCAAAACAUACAGACGCGAGCAUCCAGGCCCUCUUCGCGGGCAUAGACAGUCUGUGCAGGAAGUACUCCAGGGAGACCUCCCAGGUUUCAGAAUUUCAAGAAAAUCACCGGAAGAGACUGUUAGGCUUCUACAAAGAAAAGAUUUCUAAGCUGGAAGAUUCCCUCAGGAAGUCCAUGCUGCGGAUGGAGAAGCUGCAGAGUACAAGAUCAUUGAAAGAAACGACCUUCAGCACAGUAAAAAACCCAGUGCUGAGUACGCCCGAUGGACACCUGCUCCUGCCCCCUGCAUCCCCAGCCUCUGGAAGGUUGGAGCCCAUGGACGUGGACCUUACCCCGUCCCCAAGAAGGCCGGAGAUGGCCGCUGGCCCGGCCAGGAUCUCUCUGAUCAGCCCCCCGCAGGACGGACGCAUGGGCAGCGUCUCCCGCGGCACCCCUCAGCACCUCAGCCUGCCGCCCACGGCGCAGGCUCUCAGAAUCUCAGCACUGCAGAUGCCCUGCCACGGGCCGUCCCAGCGUCUGGCCCCCCAGGCAGCCGGCAGCAUGGGAGGAGGGGGCUCACCCAGCCUCGGAGGCUGCCUGGCCCCGGCACCCAGGCCACCCAUCAGCAUCUCGGGGCUGCUGCAGAGGCAGCAUUUAGGCAAGUGCACGUGCGAGACACGGUUCGUGGGCGUGUGGGUGCACCAGCAGCUGCGCUCCGCGUCAGGCGACCUGCCCCCGUCCUCUGCUCAGUGGCACGUGGCCUAG